AUGUCUUCCACUCAAGAACCAGACAAGAGUCCGAACCCGCCGAUUGAAGAGGUGGAGAAGGCUGUCUCGGAGCAUUCGAACAAGGACGGCACAAUCCACCAGGCUGAGCUCGGUUUACGAGCGCACAGGAAACACUUCUUUGCGCCGUUCGACCCCGCGUACGCUGCAGCAGUGCAUCGUGAUGCUGAAAGCGUCGAAUAUACUCCAGAGGAAGAGUGGACUGUGAAGCGCAAGAUCGACAAUAGGGUCCUUCCGCUGGUUGUAUGCAGUUACGUCUUUAAUCAAUUCGAUCGAAACAAUAUUGGAAAUGCGCAUGUGCUUCCUGCAUUUAAUGCCAACUACGGCAUCACGAACAAUGAUAAAUGGACGCUGGCUUUGAGCAUUUUCUAUGUUGGCUACUGCCUACUCGAAAUCCCUGCUAAUAUCCUACAGCGCCACAUUGGGGCCAAUCGUUUCUUCUUCAUUGCUCUUAUUUUUUGGGGUUUAGCAUCCAUCUCGUUUACGUUUGGCAAAGGAUAUCCCGCGUUGAUUGCUUUAAGAGUUUUAUUGGGUAUCGGAGAAGCGGGUUAUUAUGCGGGCAUGAUCUACUAUCUUUCGUUCUGGUAUAAGAGACAUGAACUCGCCCUCCGCAUCAGUCUCUGUAUGACCGGAACUAUACCAGGAACUAUUGGAGGUCUCCUUGCUUUCGGCCUUGUUCGGGCACACACGCCCGUUCUUGAAGGAUGGCAAUUCCUAUUUCUUAUCGAAGCCAUUCCAACUCUCAUCAUGGCAUUCAUGAUCCUCUUCUUUCUUCCCUCGUUUCCGUUUUCUGCUUCCUUCCUGACCCCAAGACAACGUGCUAUCGCCCAAGCACGACUCAACCGCGACCAAAAGCCUCAAUCCCAUGGAGGAAUGAAUGGGUGGGCUGGGUUCAAGGCAAUCGUCACCGAUAUCAACUCGUGGCUAUUUACCGUGCUCUACGCAGGAUUCAAUAUUGGCGUUGCAACAAUCGCAUACUUUUUGCCCACUUUGAUCAGGAACCUCGGCUUUUCCUCUAUUAAUGCGCAAGGGUUAACGGUUGCUCCAUAUGCCGUGGGCUGGUUUAUGGUCUUGUUCCAGUCCUGGCAUAGCGAUCGUACCAAAGAUCGAGGCUUCCACGUCAUGGGGUCGUGUUCUGUCGCCUUCACUGGCUACAUCAUCCUGGCGACUACGGUCCACAGGAGCGUCGGUGCCGCUUAUUUUGCCAUGUUCUUGGUCGUAGGCGGGGUCUACAGUCUAUUCCCUCUCGUUAUGAGUUGGGCGGCAAACACAUUUUCUCCUACCUCGAAGCGUGGUGUUGGAACAGCGUUCAUCGUUUCUAUUUCCAACUGUAUCGCGAUAGCUGCACCUCAGAUCUACUUCGACCCCGAAACUGACUUCCGCAAGGGACAUGCAAUCUCUGCAGGGUGUUUAGUUCUUGCUUGUCUGAUGGCAUUCACGAUACGCACUCGGCUUUCCAUGCGUAACAAGAAGAACAGGGCUACGUUGGCUGCGUUAUCAAAAGACGAGAAAGAGAAACUUGAUGCGAAGGGAGGAGAUGUGUGGGACAAUGACCCUCGAUAUGUAUUUAUGACUUAA